UCGCGGAUCGCCUGAUGGACAACGAAAACGUCCCUCCAAUUUUACUCUUCGAUCAUUGGCUUUUCAUUGCUGUUAUUGAUGAAUGAAUGAGUUGUGGGGCUCCCUUAGAGCACUUGGUGGAAAGACGCUUUUUGAUGACGACAUAAAGAGAACGCCAAGCCUCGCGUGACGUAUUUACUGUGGGACGGAGGUAGUGUUCGUUUGGACGACGGUGCGAAGAAGUGGAAGGAGCUACUGUACUGGCUUGAUCCAUCAUGUCUUUAGCAGAUGAACUUUUGGCUGACCUUGAGGAGGCUGCAGAAGAAGAGGAUGGCAGCUUUGCAGAUGAGGAAGACGAGCCUCCUAUUGAGGAUGUUCAGGAAGAGAUGCAGCUGGAUCUCACAACUGAUUCAGUCAAGAGUAUUGCCAAAUUGUGGGACAGCAAAAUGUUUGCUGAAAUCAUGGUGAAGAUAGAAGAGUACAUCAGUAAACAGCCCAAAGCAUCUGAAGUUUUAGGCCCCGUAGAGGCUGCACCUGAGUACAGAGUCAUUGUGGAUGCCAACAACCUCACUGUGGAGAUUGAGAAUGAGCUGAACAUUAUUCACAAGUUUAUCCGAGACAAAUAUUCCAAGCGAUUUCCAGAACUGGAAUCUCUUGUCCCCAAUGCUCUCGAUUACAUCCGGACUGUCAAGGAGUUAGGCAACAGUUUGGACAAAUGCAAGAACAAUGAGAACCUUCAGCAGAUCCUUACCAACGCCACAAUCAUGGUGGUCAGUGUUACAGCAUCUACUACCCAAGGGCAGCAGUUAACAGAGGAAGAACUGGAGCGCAUUGAGGAGGCCUGUGACAUGGCCCUGGAGUUGAACCAGUCCAAGCACCGCAUUUAUGAAUAUGUGGAGUCCCGCAUGUCCUUUAUUGCCCCCAACCUGUCCAUCAUUGUGGGGGCCUCUACGGCUGCUAAGAUUAUGGGCAUUGCUGGUGGCCUCACGAACCUCUCAAAGAUGCCGGCCUGUAACAUCAUGCUUCUGGGGGCACAGAGGAAGACCCUGUCUGGCUUUUCCAGCACUUCAGUGCUGCCCCAUACUGGCUAUAUCUACCACAGUGAUAUUGUGCAGUCGUUGCCUCCGGAUCUGCGGAGAAAAGCAGCUCGGUUGGUGGCAGCAAAAUGCACGCUGGCAGCACGAGUGGAUAGCUUCCAUGAGAGCUCGGAAGGGAAGGUUGGUUAUGACCUUAAGGAAGAGAUUGAGCGGAAGUUUGAUAAAUGGCAGGAACCACCUCCAGUCAAACAAGUGAAACCACUGCCAGCACCUUUGGAUGGUCAAAGGAAAAAGCGAGGAGGCCGCAGAUAUCGUAAGAUGAAGGAGCGCCUUGGCCUAACAGAAAUUCGGAAGCAGGCAAACCGGAUGAGUUUUGGGGAGAUUGAAGAGGAUGCUUAUCAAGAAGACCUUGGGUUCAGUCUGGGCCACCUGGGCAAAUCAGGCAGUGGCCGUGUUCGACAGACACAAGUCAACGAGGCCACGAAGGCACGCAUCUCAAAGACACUGCAGCGCACACUCCAGAAGCAAAGCAUGGUGUAUGGAGGGAAAUCAACCAUCCGGGACCGCUCCUCAGGCACUGCAUCUAGUGUGGCCUUCACUCCGCUGCAGGGUCUGGAGAUUGUGAAUCCACAGGCAGCUGAGAAGAAGGUAGCUGAAGCCAACCAGAAGUAUUUCUCCAGUAUGGCUGAAUUCUUAAAAGUGAAGAGUGAGAAGAGUGGCAUCAUGUCCACCUCAUAGCAUCCCUUUCCUUGCCAUGGAUGCAGCAUCUUUUCAUUUGAAUAGCUGGAACCACACACAUCAAAUGCAGGGAGAGAGACCUUUCAUUAGAGUUCCAAAGACAGUGUGACCUUUCAGAACGGUACUCUGGCUCUUUCCUGGAUUUAAAUGGUAUCAUUUUUGUUUCCUUGAGCAGUAUGUGAUCUGGAGCCUCCUGUGUUCUCUCUCUGUGUGUGCAACUGCCCAACACAAAAACGUAUGGUUUUCUCCCAGAACACACAUCAUUCAAAAUCAGAUUAGUUCAGUUGCAAGCUAUUUCAUGGCAUGGACUCUUUCAUUUGAAUUAAUUGUGACAUCUAUACCAUCCUUCUGGAUCAUUAUUUGUAUUACUUCCUACUGUUAGAUAAGUUAAAGCAAGUUGGUACAAAAAAUAUCUGUAGAUAUAAGAAAUGCUUUCAGAUAGCACCUGAGUGCUGUACUUUCCCCCUGUUAGUUUAGGACUGUUGUGUCAGGUUAUGGUGAGCCAAGAUAAAUUCCAGCAGUAAACAGUACAGGCAUCCCCACCCUUUGUGCUACGUUGAACUGCAGACUCCAUCAGCAACCAGCUAAUGCUUACAGAUGAAGAGUGAAAAGCCUGGAAUGAUGGCCUCCUCUACGUGGCCCCAUUUCAAAGAGAAGCCAGGGAAACUGAAAUUUUGGAAUGUUUUGUACUUGAUGAUAUUCAUGGGAAGGGAAUCGUUUGAACAUGUGGAGAACUGUGAUGCCCUUGCAUGGAAAAGUGGCGAGUGACAGUUUUAGAAGAGCAGGGAUAUUGAAGAUAAACUGAAUUCCAUUUCUCAAUGAAAAACUGAAGGCUGCCGAGGAGAACAAAGGGUUUUUCCCUCCUGUGUGUCUUACUUUCAGGUGUGUCUGAGAGUUUUUAAUGUGAUAAGAAGUGCAGAUAUUAAAAUAUGACAAACUUUUUCCUAUGUAAGAGAAUAGUGGAACAACAAAAAUGUGAUAUACAGUACUCCCUGAGUAAAAUGCUGUGUCUGUAUUUGUGCAAGCAUGACCAAGGGUGUAUAUUAGCAGGGACGGGUGGGGUUUAGGAAUAAGGAUUGAUUGAGUGUAAAUUAAUCCUGGCCUCAGCUAUAGGUAGAGGGCUUGACUUUCUGCUGCCUAAGCUAGAAAGGUAAAACUUCCUAACGAAUACAAAAACAAAGAGCCACCAGCCCAUUGCUGAGUGGUGGGUAGUGGUUGUUAUUUUUUUUGUAAAGUGUAUUUCAACAGCUGAAACCUGCGUAUUUAAGUUGUAAAUUUUGAGGGAAAUAUAAUUUCAUUGUACCUCA